CCCGGCUCUAAACCUCAAACUCUCACCCUGCUCGCUUGGCCACUGAAAUGUCUCAGACCCUCAUUCCACCGCCACCGUCACCGUAUUCUUCUUCUUCACCAACCCUUUACUCGAAGCUCAAAAUACCACAACCCACCAGCAUAAGACCCGUCCGGAGCCAGCCCAUGUUACAUUCAGGCUCUAACAGUAGCCCAAUGGACAAUCCUAGAUGGUCUCUCCGCGAAAUGACCGCUCUUGUCACAGGAGGCACUCGCGGAAUUGGGCAUGCAAUUGUGGAGGAACUGGUGGGGCUUGGGGCGAGAGUGCACACGUGUUGUAGGAAUGGGAGUGAGCUGGAUGGGUGCUUGAGGGAAUGGGAUAGUUUGGGUUUUGGGGUUACUGGGUCGGUCUGUGAUGUGUCAGUUCGAGCUCAGAGAGAGGAGCUCAUGGGGACUGUGUCCUCCGUGUUUGAUGGGAAGCUUAACAUCCUCAUAAAUAAUGUUGGGACAAACAUUCGGAAACCAGCGGUGGAUUUCACGGCUGAGGAAUUUUCUACUCUCAUGACGACCAAUUUUGAAUCUGUUUUCCAUAUCUCCCAACUUGCUUAUCAACUUUUGAAAGCAUCGGGAGUGGGAAGUGUUGUGUUCAUGUCCUCUGUAUCGGGUUUUGUCUCACUGAAGUCUAUGUCUGUUCAGAGUGCAACAAAAGGAGCAAUUAAUCAACUCACUAAAAGUUUGGCUUGUGAAUGGGCGAAAGACAAUAUAAGAAGUAAUGCUGUUGCACCCUGGUACAUCAAAACCUCAAUGGUGGAGCAGGUGCUCAGCAACAAAAAAUACCUAGAAGAGGUGUAUUCUCGAACUCCCCUUCAGCGUCUUGGAGAUCCAAACGAGGUCUCAUCUCUUGUGGCAUUCCUUUGCUUACCUGCAUCAUCCUACAUCACUGGCCAGAUUAUUUGUGUUGAUGGAGGGAUAUGGUUGCUUCAGGGAAUGACUGCUCUUGUAACUGGUGGAACAAAAGGAAUUGGGCAUGCUGUUGUGGAGGAAUUGGCAGCGCUAGGGGCAAGAGUACAUACAUGCUCAAGGAAUGAAUCCCAGCUCACUGCAUGCUUGCGUGAUUGGGAGAUGAAGGGUUUCCAAGUCACAGGUUCAGUUUGUGACGUGAUGUAUCCAGGUCAACGAGCCGAGCUGAUGGACAAAGUCUCCUCGAUGUUUAACAGGAAACUAAACAUUCUUAUAAACAAUGUGGGAACGAACGACUGGAAACCGACUGUAGAUUACACAGCUGAAGAAUUCUUUACUUUUAUGACUACCAAUUUUGAAUCCAUGUACCAUUUGUGCCAGCUGGCACAUCCUCUUCUGAAAGCAUCAGGAGUAGCUAGCAUCAUUUUUAUUUCUUCUGUUGCUGGUGUUGUGUCACUAAAUCUUGGAUCUAUUUAUGGAGCAAGUAAAGGAGCGAUAAACCAACUUGCUAAAAGUUUGGCAUGUGAGUGGGCGAAAGACAAUAUUAGGAGUAAUUCUGUAGCCCCAUGGUUCAUCAGAACCCCCCUCGUUGAACCUGUAAGGCCAUGACAUCCUUCCACCAUGCUUCUGCUUUUGGCUAGUUGGCAUGACCAUUGUUGAGUAUAUCUAUUCAUUUGUACCACAUGCAAGCCAUAGGUAGAUUUAAAAGAGUAGAAAUAGAUAUAUACCAUCCAACAUUUACACUUGAAAUAGAUGUGAAAACUUUAAGCUACAAGUCCUGAUUAGUUUAGGGUAAAAUCAUUCCUGAACAAGCUAGGAUGUUACAGAUAUAGUGUUCGGAACUCAAAGGCAAUCAUCAGAAGAAGAAUUAGGCCAAAAAUUAGGAUAUGUUCUAGGGGAGGCCUUACCCUAACUGGUCUGUUAAAGUUUCCUUGCCUCCUUUUAUGUCAUUUUCUCAUGUAAAUAGGCGGCUGCUUUCCAAAAUAAGAAGUAUUAAUGUACUAUGAUAUAUGAAAAGAAGGGAUGCACUUAUGAAA